AUGCUCGUCGCCCCCACCAUCACCGCGGACGAGCUCAGGGCGAUGAACCCCAAAGGGAUCAUCCUCUCGGGCGGGCCGGCGUCAGUCUACGCAGACGGCGCCCCGACCAUGGACCCGCAGAUCCUCCGCCUGGGCGUCCCCGUCCUCGGCAUCUGCUACGGCAUGCAGCUCGCCUGCAAGCAUCUGGGGUGCACGAUCAACCCCGCCGACCACCGCGAGUUCGGGCGCGCCAACCUCGAGAUCGCCGACGCGGGCGACCUGUUCAAGGCGAUCCCCCAGAAGAGCUCCGUCUGGAUGAGCCACGGCGACCAGGUCGGCAACCUCGACCAGUCGUUCCACACGCUCGCGGGCACCCCCACGUGUGCGCACGCCGCGGUGCGUCACGUGAACCUGCCGUUCUACGGCGUGCAGUUCCACCCCGAAGUGACGCACACGCCGCACGGCCUCGACAUGCUGCAGAACUUCGUCUACGAGAUCUGCAAGUGCGGGAACACGUGGCGGAUGAGCGACUUCGUGGACACGGAGACCGAACGCCUCCGCGAACAGGUCGGCAAGGAACGCGUGAUCUGCGGCCUCUCCGGCGGCGUGGACUCGUCGGUGCUCGCGGCGCUGCUCCACCGGGCGAUCGGGGACCGGCUCACGUGCGUGUUCGUGGAUAACGGACUCCUGCGCAAAAACGAAAGAGAACUCGUCGAGACGACGUUCCGCGACCAUUUCGACGUCGACCUCCGCGUCGCGGACGCGCGGGACGCCUUCCUGGGCGACCUCAAGGGCAUCACCGACCCGCAGGAGAAACGCCGGCGGAUCGGGCACCGGUUCAUCGAGGUGUUCAAGGAGCAGGCGGAAAGCGUGAAGGGCGCGAAAUACCUCGCCCAGGGGACGCUCUACCCGGACGUGAUCGAGUCCGGCCACGGCCACGCGGGUCAGAGCGCGAACAUCAAGCUCCACCACAACGUCGGCGGGCUCCCCGAGGAACUCGGGUUCGACCUCGUCGAGCCGCUCCGCGACCUGUUCAAGGACGAGGUGCGCAAGCUGGGCGAGGUGCUCGGCCUGCCCGAGCAGAUGGUCUGGCGUCACCCCUUCCCGGGCCCGGGCCUCGCGGUGCGUGUGCUCGGCGAGAUCACGCAGCCAAAGCUCGACCUCCUCCGCGAGUGCGACACGAUCCUGCUCGAGGAGAUCGUCGCGAACAACCUCUACCGCUCGACGAGCCAGGUCUUCGCGGUGCUCCUGCCGAUCCAGUCCGUCGGCGUGAUGGGCGACGGGCGGACGUACGAGUCGUGUGUUGCGAUCCGUGCGGUAGAGUCGCAAGACUUCAUGACGGCCGAUUGGGCGCGCAUCCCGUACGACGUGCUCGCAACAAUUUCGAACCGAAUCAUCAACGAGGUGUUGACCGUGAACGGGUCGGCCGACACAACUGACCGACCGGGUUUCGGAGCGCGUCGCCCGUUCCUGUUCGCGUUGCUGCUCGGCCUCGCGCACUCGGUGACGUUCGCGCUGGCGUUCCCGCCGUUCGGCCUGUGGCCGCUCGUGUUCGUGUCGCUCGUGCCGCUCGUGCUCGUCGCGGGCGCGCGUCGGGCGCCGCUCGCGGUGUGGCUCGCGUGCCUGCCGGCGUUCGGGUUCCACCACUUCUGGCUCAAGGACGUGACGCUCGUCGGGACGCCGCUGCUCGUGAUGUACAUGAGCCUGUGGCCGGCGUUGUACGUGUUGCUCCUGCGAUGGAUCUGCAACAGGGCAGGAUUGAUCGCGUUCACGACCGGGGCGGUGCUGCUCUGGCCGGCGAUCGAGUUUUUCCGGGGCGAGCUGUUUUUACAGGGGUACCCGUGGUUUGAACUCGGACAGCCCUCUCUGUACCCCAAAGCAUUGAGCACGUAUUGGAACAGUGCUGUUUUUGCGAUGCUCAAUGUCAAUCUGGUUCUUCUGAUUGCACUCGUAAAAAAGAAGGGAGCCGCUUUCAGCACCGUCAUCAGCGGGCUUCUCUUUUUCACCGUGACGGGCUCUUUCCUUCUCACCGCCUCGUCACAUCGAGCCGUCUCAUCCGAUGGCCCCAAACUCCGCGUCGCCAUCCUCCAGACCAACGUUCCCCAGUCCAACAAACAGUUCGGCACCCUCGCGCAGCGCGUCAGGGAUUUCGAGCACUUCCUCGACCUCUCGUUUGACGCCUCGCAACUCGACCCACCGCCGGACCUGAUCGUCUGGCCCGAGACGAUGGUGCCGGUCGCGUGGGGGCUCAACGAUUCUUCCUACAUCGCGGAACGCGAGAACGGGAUCUCGCUGCCCAUCGACACGCCCGACGGGCCCCGCCGGUUCCCGACGACGCGCUUCCGCGACGAGCUGACCCGCGUGCAGCGCAUCGCGGGCGUGCCGAUGCUCGUCGGCGCGACCGCGGUGGACGGGCUCGCGUUCAGCGAAGCGCCGGACGGAUCGAUCAGCAUCGACCUCGAUGCGCGCUACAACUCCGCGUUCCUCAUCCGCGACGGCGUCGUCGAAGAAACGCGCUACGACAAGAUCACGCUAACCCCCUUCGGCGAGGUGAUGCCGUACAUCUCCGCGUGGCCCUGGCUCGAGAGGCAGCUCCUCGCGAUCGGGGCGCGGGGGAUGAGCUUCGACCUGAAUUCCGGCUCUGAGCGCACGGUCUUCGAGGUCGCGAACGCCGAGGGCGAGGUCUUCCGGAUCGUCACGCCCAUCUGCUUCGAGAUCACCUACGCCGGGGCGUGCCGGGACCUGGUCUUCGAGGGCGCGGGGGGGGGCGAGCGCCGGGCGGACGUGAUGCUCAACCUGACCAACGACGGGUGGUUCGGGGAAUGGGACCCGGGGCGGGAAUCGCACCUGGACGCGGCCCGGUGGCGGGCGGCGGAGCUGGCGACGCCGGUCGUCCGGGCGGCGAACACGGGGUAUUCCGGCCUGAUCGACGCCUCCGGGCGGGUCGUCGAACGUCUCGGUGCGAACGAGGAGGGGAUGCUCGUCGUAGAGGUCGCGAAGGGCCGCGGAACGACCGCGUUCGCCCGGAUCGGCUUCCUCAUCCCAUGGCUCGCGACGGGCGGGAGCGUGGCUUUGCUCCUCUUUGCGGGGAUCCGGGGGCGGAAGGCCGCCGAGAACACUCAAGAGAGAGACGGACGAUUCAUGACCCGCUCGCGCCUGUCGACCUCCCUCUGCCUGCUCGUGUCCCUCGCUGUCAUGGAUGGGUGCGGCUCGACGCAGAACGCCCAGGCCAAGCCCGUCACCGAGACGGGCCAGCCGGUCCCGUCGGCGAUCGAGAUGUCGUCCCUCCGAGAGAAGGCGCUCGAGAAGCUCAACGACGCGGCCUUCUCGACCUCCGCGCUGAUGCGCGCCAACGCGAUCGAGGGGCUCCACGCCGUGCCCACGCGCGCGGAGCAGGUUGUCCGGAUGGGGCUGCAGGACGAGAACGUCGGCGUGCGGUACACCGCGGCGACGACGGUCGGGCUGCUCAAGCUGACGAACUCACGCGAGCUCGUGCGCCCGCUGCUGGACGACCAGGACCAGCGCGUCCGGGCGGCGGCGAUCUUCGCGCUGAACCAGACGGGGGCGAACGUGAACCUCAACCCGCUCGCGUCGAUCCUCGAGUCGCGCGACGCGCGCAUGCGGGCGAACGUCGUGUGGCUGCUCGGCGAGAUGGGCAACCGGAGCGCGAUCCCGAUGCUCAAGGACGCGGCGACCAAGCCGACCUGGGGCACCCCCAACGAGGAGCGGAUGUUCCGCCUGCAGGUCUCCGAGGCGCUCGUGAAGCUCGGGGAGAUGGACGCGAUCAGCACCGUCCGCGCGGCGCUGUACCCCUCGUCCGAGAGCGAGUUCGAGCUGGCGGUCCUCGCGGCCCAGAUCAUCGGGGAGGUGGAGGACCGCGGCGCGAGCGCCCAGCUUGUCAACCUCAUCCAGGCCCAGGUCGCCGGCACCUCGGCGCGCAACCCGGAGUACAUCUACCCCGCGGAGCUCCGCCUCGCGGCCGCGGCGGCGCUGGCGAAGAUGGGCUUCGACGACGGCACCUACGUGGCCGAUCUGUACGCCGAGCACGAGCAGGAUUCGAUCCGCGCCCAGGCGGCGCUGCUCUACGCGGAGAUCCGCCACACGGACAACCUGCCCAAGCUCGAGGCGCUCAUGGAGGACCCGUCCCCGAUCGUGCAGAUCCACGCGGCGGCGGCGAUCCUGAUGAUCUUCGAGGAAUACACGCAGCUCAAGAAUCAGCGGGUCACCGCUGAGGCGCGGGUCAACGAGAUCAAUCAGCAGGCGGCCGCCGAACGCGAGAACGCCCAGAAGACCAUGACCGAGCUCCGCAACCUGCAGACGCAGCUCACCGCCGAGCUCGCGUCGCUCCAGUCGGAGAACUCCCGCCUACUGGCGCAGAUGGCGUCGCUCGAGCAGGCCGCGUCGCUGCACGCGGCGCAGAUCGACCAGUUCCUCGCGACGGCCGAGACGUACGCGGAGCUGAACAACAAGCAGUCCACGGAGCUCGCGCAGCUCCGCCAGAAGGAGCUCGACAGCGCCCGACGCGAGAUCGCGCUGUCGGACCGCAUCAACGAGCUCGAGGGUCGCCUCGAGGUCUCGAUCGAGACCAGCCGCUCGCUCCAGGAGCGCAUCGUCGAGCUCCGCGAGGACCUCGACUUCGCCCGCCAGGGCGGGACCCAGGUCGCGGCGACCGAGGGCGGCACGCUCAAGGCGCCCGUCGGCUUCCAGGCCGUGGUGACCGGCGUCCGGCAGGACCCGGCGGGCUCGACGCUCGUGGAGAUCGACGCCGGCGCGUCCGACAGCCUCCGCGAGAACAUGAAGCUCAACGUGGUGAACGACGGCGGCUACAUCGCCAGCGCGGUGGUGCAGCUGGUGGACGACAACUCGUCCGUCCUCCGCAUCACCCUCAUCAAGAGACUCCCGAUGAACCAGCUCGGAAUGCAGAUGCCGGGUUCCCAGCGACGCCGCAGCGCCUCGCUCAACAUCUACACGGGCCUGAUGACGGUCGCCGUGCUCUGCCUGCUCGCGGCGGUCAUCAUGGUCGCCUACCAGGCGAACAAGAUCGGCCCGGCCGACCAGGGCGACUACGUCCGCGCCCUGAACACCCACGGCGACGGACAGGCUGUUCGGCGCGGGACGGGACGUCCGAUAUUGAGUACGAUCUACAACGACUCGAGCAGCUCCCGCGUGUUCCUCGAUAAGAUCCUUUCCUGGUUCAGCGUCGAUAUGGGGAUCGACCUCGGGACGUGCAACACCCUCGUGUGCGUGCGCGGCGAGGGGAUGGUGCUCAACGAGCCCUCCGUGGUCGCCGUCCUGAAGGGCACCACCAUGGUCCUCAACAACGGCCAGGCCGUGGGUUGGGCGGCCAAGGAGAUGCUGGGCAAGACGCCGGGCUCCAUCACCGCCAUCCGCCCGCUCAAGGACGGCGUGAUCUCGGACUUCGAGAUCACGGAGGCGAUGCUCAAUUACUUCAUCCGCAAGGUGAACGGUCGCACGCGGGCGAUCGGCCCGCGCGUCGUCAUCGCGGUGCCCUCGGGCAUCACGGCGGUGGAAAAGCAGGCGGUCGAGCAGUCGGCGCUCCGCGCCGGCGCGCGGCUUGUCUAUCUGGUUGAAGAGCCGAUCGCCGCGGCGAUCGGCGCCGGGCUCCCGUUCGCGGAAGCCACGGCCUCGAUGAUUGUCGACAUCGGCGGCGGCACGACGGAGGUCGCCAUCAUGUCGCUCGCGGACAUCGCGACGUGUGAAUCCGUGCGCGUCGCGGGCGACGACAUGGACGAGGCGAUCAUCAACCACAUGAAGAAGCACUACAACCUCAUGAUCGGCGAGCAGACGGCUGAGCGGAUCAAGAUCGAGAUCGGCUCGGCGGCGCCCGUCGGCGAGGAACGCUCGAUGGACGCGCGCGGGCGCGACAUGGUCUCUGGCCUGCCCCGCAAGACGGUCGUGACGAGCGAGGAGAUCCGCGAGGCGCUGCAGGAGCCGGUGAACGUGAUCGUCGAGACGGUCAUCCGCACGCUCGAGCGUGCCGAGCCGGAGCUGUCCGCGGACCUGGUGGACAACGGCAUCACCCUCGCCGGCGGCGGCGCGCUGCUCCGCGGGAUCGACGUCGUCCUGCAGAACGCGACCGGCAUGGAAGUGCGCAUCGCCGAGGACCCGCUCACGUGCGUCGCCGCGGGCACCGCGAUCUUCCUCGAGAACAUCGAGUCGCCCGCCACGCUCCCGAUCGCGGUCGUCCUGCUCGUCAUCACCACGCUGGCGCCGACCGGGCUCACCUCCUGGAUCACGGCGUUCCGGGGGCCUUUUAUGGCGUUCCUGGCCCCGAUCUCGCACCCCGGGACCUGGCUCAGCCGGCGUCUGAGGCCGCCCGUGGAACUGGAAACGCCGGUCGAGCAGGCGACGCGUGAGCAGCUCGAGGCCCAGCUCUACGAGGUGCUCCAGAUGCACGCCCGGGCGACGCGCGAGAACCUCGACCUCCGCGCGAUGAUCGCCCAGCUCCAGUCCGGUGUGCCCUUCGAGGACCGCGGCUCGUUCCGCCAGGUGCUCGCCUCUCGCACGGGGUACAACGCGCGGGCCGGGCUCGUCGAGCUCCGCCCGGGCGCGCUCAAGGGCGUCGAGACCGGCGCGGUGGCGCUGGACGGCUCGACGAUGCAGCUCAUCGGCGCCGUGACGACCGUCGGGCCGACGACGUGCUCGGUCCGGCCCAUCACGGACGUGAACAUCUCGCCCUCGCCCAUCGAGGCCCUGAUCCUUCCCGACGAGCCGGUGACGCCCGAGAUGCUCGCGACGGCGCAGCCGUGCUCGCUGGCGCCCACGGGCGCGGGGACGCUCACCGCGAGCAUCGGCGUGGACCCCUACGCCGACCUCCCGGUGCGCGCGGGGAUGCUCGUGCGGCUCAACGACCGCGCCUGGCCGGCGAACGCACGCAUGCUGCUCGUCGGCGAGGUCACCCGGGUGGUGCGGACGGACAACCCGCGGUUCGUGGACGUGAUCGUGACCCCGGUGCGCGAGCCGACGAGGUUGCGCGACGUCGUGAUCCGCAUCGAGGACCGGGGCGAGACGGACGGGGGCGGCCUCGCGGACGUCUUCCAGCCCUUCGGCUGGGCGAUCACGCCCUCGUUCGCGCACGUGCUGCUCGUGUUCGUCUGCGUGUGGGCGCCGUCGCGCGUCGCGUACGCCGCGGCGCUGAUCAUCGGGGCGGCGCAGGACUUCGUCGCGGCGGUGCCGGCGGGCGCCCAGGCGACGCAGGACGUGGUGGUGCUCGGCCCGCACGCGCUGGGCGCGUUGCUCGGCGCGGCGCUGAUCGUGAACCUGCGUUCGGUGAUGAUCAAAAAGAGUCUCGUGUCGAUGUUCGUGCUGACGUUCUUCGGGGUGACGCUGCUGGAAAUCGUGGUGACGGCGUCGCUGUCGAUCCGAUCGAUCUAUCCCAACGGGAUCUCGUAUCCCUCGCCGUCCCGGGCGCUGAUCGUGGGGCUCGGUUCGGCGGUGUAUUCCUCGCUCCUGGCGGCGGUCCUGAGCACGCCGCUGAACGCCCUGUCCGGCCUGUUCCAUUUCCGAUCGCCGGAUAUGAGCACACCCCCCAAAGCCCUCGUCCCGUCCGUGAACGGCUGGAACGCCGAGUACCUCGACCAGCAGUACGAGCGGUUCCGCGCCGACCCGGACGCCGUGCCGGCGGAUCUGCGGCUGUUCUUCCAGGGCUUCGACCUGGCCGAGGCGCGGGUCAUCGGUCCGAAGCCGUCGGCGAACGGCCUCUCGAGUUCGGCCCGAGCGACGGAAGACCACCUGCAGGCGGGCGUGAGCUCGCUGAUCCACCAGUACCGCUCGAUCGGGCACCUCUGCGCCUCGAUCGACCCGUUCGGGCGCGAGCGGGAGAUGCCCGGCUCGCUGCUGCCGGAGAGCCACGGCCUGAGCCCGGCGCACCUGGACACGACAUUCGACGCGGACACGCUCUCGCCGGACGGCGGUGUGAUGCCGCUGACCGAGAUCAUCGAGAUCCUGGACCAGACGUACUGCGGCUCGAUCGGCGCUGAGUUCAUGCACGUCGAGGACGACGAGGAGCGCACCUGGCUCGCGGGGCAGAUGGAGCGAACUCGGAACCGGACGAGCUACGGCGCCGGGCAGCGGGCGCACAUCCUCUACCAGCUGCACCGCGCCGAGCUGUUCGAGAAGUUCUGCGGGAAGCGCUACCCGGGCGUGAAGCGGUUCAGCCUCGAGGGCGGCGAGUCGCUCAUCCCGAUGCUCGACCAGCUCGUCGAGCGUGCGGGCGACGAGUACGACAUCAAGGAACUCGUCUUCGCGAUGAGCCACCGCGGGCGGCUCAACGUGCUCACGAACACGAUCGGCAAGACCUACGAGCAGAUCUUCACCGAGUUCGACGACUCGUGGCAGGAGGACGCCGAGGUCCAGGGCGGGGACGUGAAGUACCACCGCGGGUUCAGCGCGAGCCGCGUGCUGCCGUCGGGCAAGACGAUCUGGCUGGCGAUGGCGAGCAACCCGUCGCACCUCGAGGCCGCGUGCAGCGUGGCCCUCGGCCGGACUCGCGCGAAGCAGCGUCUGCGCGGGGACAUCGAGCGGUCGCAGGUCGUGCCGGUGCUGCUGCACGGCGACGCGGCGGUGAUCGGCCAGGGCGUGGUGGCUGAGGGGUACAACUUCUCGCGCCUCCCCGGCUACACGGUGGGCGGGGCGCUGCACAUCGUGGUGAACAACCUCAUCGGGUUCACGACGGGCGAGGAGGACGCGCGGUCGAGCCGGUACUGCACCGACAUGGCGAAGAUGAUCAGCGCGCCGAUCUUCCACGUGAACGGCGAGGACCCCGAGGCGUGCGUCCACGUGAUGCGCCUGGCGCUCGACUACCGGAUGCGCUACAAGAAGGACGUGAUCAUCGACCUGCAGUGCUACCGCCGGCACG